AUGUCUUCGAUUGCCGAAAAGGAUGUGGCCGAAAAGCCCGCUCAGACCUGGCAUGUUGACGCAGUCCAGCCGGUGACUGAGGCAGAGACCACCGUUUCGUCUUCAGAUGAAGGCGCCAUCAACGUGCUUCUGAUCCUCGCGUGCAUUGCUUUUGGAUCUGCCUCGUUCGUCUUUGGCUUUGACGACAAAAUCAUCUCACCCUUGGCAGCCUUGAGCGCGUUUGUUGAAGACUUUCAAGGCGCUAACCCCGUCGACGGCACCCUUGUCCUCACAGCACGCAACCAAAACCUAAUCUUUUCCGUGCCCCUCGUCGGCUCCAUCGUCGGUGGCGUAGCGGCGUCCCCCCUGAACAAUUUCUUCGGCCGAAAAUGGCCCCUUGUGGGCGCAUAUGUAUUCUCCAUCGGCGGCGGGUUCUUGCAACUGUUCUCAAAGAAUAUUGCGCAAUUCGUCAUCGGCCGGUUUCUCAACGCCAUUGCUAUCGGUGUCGCCAAUGCAACAGCUCCACUAUACCUCUCUGAAGUCGUGCCCCCGUCCAUGCGAGGCCGCAGUGUCACAUCUAUCAAUAUCCUCUCCCUCCUCGCGGGUGUCAUAUCCACAGUCAUCGUCAACGAAACCAAGGAUCUAGAUGGUCGCCUGCAGUACAUGAUUCCGCUUGCAAUCCAAUGCGCCCUCCCCGCCGUAAUCCUUGCCGCUACAAUCCCCCUCCCCGAAAGCCCGCAGUGGCUCGUCUCGAAGGGCCGCAUCCACGAAGCCCAUCAUAACUUGCGAAAAUUGCGCGGGCCCAAAAUGACAGAUGCCAACGUGGCCGACGAACUCCGCGUCAUGCAGCUCUGUGAAGAGAACGAGCGUGCUCUCUCCGAGAACGUCCGGUUUUGGGAGAUUUUCAACCGCGAGAACCUGCAGCGCACCCUCACCGCAGGCUCUUUCUACUCCCUUAACCAGAUUUCCGGCAUCAUCCUCUCAACCACAUACACAACUGUCUUCCUCACGCAGCUCGGCGUCGGUGAUGCAUUCACUUUCACUGUCAUUGCAUCCUGUUGCACACUGGCUGGAACGCUGGUUGCGCCGCUGGUGAUUGACCGCGUCGGCCGCCGCCCAACAGCCUUUGUCGGAAUGUCCGUCCUCCUUCUCAUCGACAUCACAGCCGGUGGUCUCGCCUUCAACACGAGCUCAAAAUCGUUCGUGCUCGGAAUCGCAGCGCUCGGCUUCAUCUUCAAUUUCUUCUGGGGAGCCGGCUUCUACUCGCUCUCUGCGUUGAUGCCGUCUGAGAUUGCGACACCUAAGCUUCGCAACCAUACCAUGGCAUACACGAUUGCGUGCGCGCAGACAAGCGCCGUGAUAACGACCUUUGCGGUGCCGCAGCUGACUUCGGCGGAUGCGGCGGGAUUGGGCGCGAAAACGUAUUUGGUGUUUGCGGGGUGUAUGGCCUGCGUUCUUGUUUUUGUGUACUUCUAUAUGCCUGAGACAAAGGGGAGGACGUUUGCCGAGGUCGAUGAGAUGUAUGAUGCGGGCAUUCCGAUGUGGAAGUGGCGCGAUUAUAAGACUGCGACAGCGGCGAGGAUCGGUGGGAAAGAGGGAGCUUGA